ACUGGGCAAAAGAAUCAACUUCUUAUAUACCCUGUGGGAAGGAGAUUGGAAACCUCUUUUCUUCAUUUAACCCUGCUUUGCUUCAAUAGUGUUGUGGUUACUUACCCAGUGUGGAAGGCUAUACUAUCAGUCAAGAUUACAGAUCUAUGCCCACUGAGAUUACAGAUCAUGUGCCUCUUUCCCACUGCUCCAGGAGGCCUCUUUAAUGUAAUAUAAGAGUAACAUAUAAACAUUUUGAUAUCAAAGUCUGUUUGUCUUCCUAGGUUUUUCAAGGUACAUCAAGUACAAAGUUCAUGGUGUUAAAAUCGCAAUGGUACAUGUGUAUUAUUUUGGUAAUAAUUGACAAUGGAACAGUAUAAAUAUCACACAUCUGAUACGAAUUGUAAUAAAGAUCAAAAUAUAGCUUUGCUUUAUUAUUGUCCUGUCAUCUAUAAGAAGAUGUGGAUCCUCCAGUUCUUGUUGGCUUUUUUGGUUUGUCUUUUUAUCACAAAAUAUCUAAAAAUGAAAUGGGCAGCAAGAAGCCUACCACCUGGACCUUCUCCACUCCCUCUUAUUGGAAAUCUGUGGACACUUAGUUUCCACCUCCAUCCACUCACUCUUAGCAAGCUGGCUAACAUAUAUGGGAAUAUCUACACUAUAUGGAUGGGACAGACUCCAGUAGUGGUACUGCAUGGCUAUGAAGCUGUGAGAAAUGCUCUUGUCGCACACUCAGAGGAGUUGUCUGGACGCCCUGUGACCAGCUUUCUAAGUGACAUCACACAGGGAAAAGGUAUUGUCGCAUCCAAUGGACACAACUGGAAACAACAGAGACGCUUUGGAUUGAUGACCUUAAGGAACCUGGGUGUUGGAAAACGAGGCUUAGAGGCUAGGAUACAGGAACAAGCUCAAUGUUUGGUGGAGUUGUUUAGAGAAAAGAAUGGUAAACCAAUGGAUGCCUCAUAUAUGAUUAUACAUGCAGUUGCCAACGUAAUUUCUGCCGUGGUAUUUGGACAUUGUUUCUCUUUUGAUGAUAAGACCUUUCAAAAACUGGUAGCAGUCAACAACCAUUUGAUUGAAAAUAUAGGGUCCAGCUGGGGUAGACUUUAUGAUGCAUUCCCACGGCUUAUGCAAUAUGUCCCAGGCCCCCAUAAGAAAACCUUUGAAAAUCAGAAAUAUAUGGAAAAUUUUGUGAGAAAAGAGAUCAGAUUUCAUCAAGUUAACGGGACCCCAGAGGAACCUGAUGAUUUCAUAGACCACUAUCUCAACCAGAUAGCAAAGACAAAGGAUGAGCCUGACUCUACAUUUGAUGAGGACAACAUGAUCCAAGUAGCUGUAGAUCUGUUUACAGCAGGGACUGAAACUACAGCGACCACCCUCCAAUGGGCACUGUUAUUCAUGUUGGCUCACCCUGAUAUACAAGUCAAUGUAAGGAAAGAACUUGAUACCGUCCUUGAAGGAUCUUCGGUAAUAAACUAUGAGGACAGGAAGCGGCUUCCCUACACAAAUGCCGUGGUUCAUGAAAUUCAACGCUUCGCUAAUAUUGCAUCUGUGGGGAUGAUACGAUGCAACCUAAAGGAAAUCACACUUGUUGGCUAUACAUUUAAGAAGGGUACAAUGAUUCUGCCAAAUAUUUAUUCUGUGCUGCAUGAGACCAAGCACUGGGAGACCCCUUAUCAAUUUAACCCCUACAACUUCUUGGAUGAAGAUGGACGUUUCAUAACUAAAGAGGCCUUCUUACCCUUUGCUGCAGGACAUCGAGUCUGCUUGGGGGAACAGGUAGCGCGGUUUGAAAUAUUUAUCUUCUUUGCCACUCUCAUGAAGGCGUUCAGCUUUCAUUUGCCAGAAGGAGUGACUGAUGUCAAUACAAAAUAUAAAUCAUCUAUAACACUGCAGCCCCAUCCAUAUAAAAUCUGUGCUGUACCACGUUAAUUUUUUCCUCUAUUCUUACCUGGCUUUGGCUAGCUUGGAUUUUCAGUUUCAGCAGUAAGUGAGCAAAUCCAUCACAUCAGCUAUAUCAGACUACCUUUUAUUAUUUCUAAACCUUGUCAUCCUGAACUUGUUUAUCUUCACUUUGGUUACAUGCAAUUGACGAGAUGUUUUGCUCAUCAAA